AUUAUGAAAGUAUGAACCAAACCCCCUUCAUUGGUAGGAGAAGAUUAAAGACAGGUAGAAGUAACCGUUGUUGAACCUGUCCCCCUCUAUAUUCUUCGACAGAGACCCAAUAAAGCUAAAAAAGGGAAGGGUUAUAAUUUUAGCUCUGAAAAAAGGGGUCAAAAAGAGAUGAUUCCUAAUCAAUGGGCACCGCCAUGUAACAAUCAGUGCACACAUAAAUACUCUGCUCUCAUGCAAAUCCCUUGGAGAGUCUUUUGCAAAAAAGGGUGUGAUGCUGAUGGAGAGACAUGGGAUGAAUGUUUGUCAGAAUGUGAGGAGAUAUGCUAUAAAAAUCCAGUUCUGAAGGAUCAACAGUGGAGUGCUUACAUUGAUCGAUCCCCUGGUGCCGCCAGCUGCUCUGAGGAAUGCUUUCAUGCUUGUGUAGCUGGCUGUGGAUACAAGUUUGAUGUUCCUUCCCAAAAAGUUGAUCAAAUCCAUCCAAGCAAGCCUCACGCGCUUCCUCCCAAAGAGAAGCCGGCCAAGCCUGCUGUGAAAAGAAUACCACCCCUUGAAUCCAGCCAAACCAUUGAAGAUGUACCUGGGACAUCCGCGUAGCAGCAAUGGAUCUAACAGUUUAGACAACUGCGAAUCUGACCGUUUAGACAACUUGGAAUGCAUUUAUUCUGCUAGGAUUACUAGCAUAACUCUUUUAAGUUUUAUCGCAACAUGUCAGAGGCAGUAGUAACUUAGGGUCUUUUGGAAGCAUUUUGAGAGCUCAUUGGAAAGUUGGGUAAGCUUCUUAAAACUAACAAGCAAUCAUAGACAAGUGUUUCAUAUUAGCAUGAGAAGAAUUUUGUGUACAACGUAGCUAAAAUUGUAGUCUCAUUACACCAUGCACCUAAGCAUGUAAGAUUCUAAUGUGUAAGUGCUUAAUGGACAUUAUUUUUACUACCUGAA